AUGCUCUACACCGAAGAAAAGUCCCACGCAGAACUAAUCUCCCACUGCGUCUCCAACUUCAACAUCCACCCCGACAAGCUCGCCCUGAACCGCAUCGAUGAGUCCCUGUCCACUAUCCGCGAAAUGCGCUCUAUGCGCAUCACCUCCGCCGCUGACGCCCUGCGGCGUCUUGCGCGCCAACACGCACACCUAUCGACCCAACAUCGCGAUCUGACGUCCUCAUACAGCCCGAACGCGCACUCCGCCGAGAUAUUGGGAUUGGACGAUCGGAAGUUCAGGGUGGCGAAGCAGACGAAUGAUCUCGAAGUUGAGAAUGAACGUUUGGAGGCUGAGCUAGAGCAUUUGCGGUUGCGACUGGGAGAGUUGGAGGAGCAAGGCGUGGAGGGCGAUGAGCGGGCGAGGAGGAGUCGGGAGGCGGAUGAUCCGACUGUGUUGCGGUUGUGGCUGUAUCGGAAUUUGGGGAUUACGUUGGAUGAGGGCGGUGGGAAGGCGACAGUGGGGGAUAGUCGAAAGGGCGAUGUGCAUGUUGUGAAUAUUGAUCCGAAGUUUUCGAGGUGGUUUUAUGCGGAUUAUUUUUGGGGUGUGGUGCAGGGUUGA